UACAAUUUGCAAGACAGAAGCAGGCAUAUUGCUACCUCUCUGCUUCUGGCACCAUGUUCACUCCGGAACUAUCUGAAGCUCGCAUUUCAUUUGCCAAAACUUCCGUUCUCAUAACUAUUGUUGAUGACUUCUUCGAUGUCGCGGGAUCAACAGAAGAAAUAGAAAAUCUGAUAUCAUUAGUCGAAAAGUGGGAUGAGCACCAAGAACUUCAAUUUUACUCUGAGAGUGUAGAAAUAUUAUUUUUUGCUAUCUAUACUACAGUGAAUCAGCUCGGGGAAAGCGCUUCUGCGCUACAAAACCGUGAUGUUAGGAAGCACAUGAUAGAAUUGUGGAUAGAAACAUUGAGGUCCAUGUCAGCUGAGGCAGAAUGGGUGACGAGUCAGUAUGUGCCGACAAUCAAUGAGUACAUGACAAAUGCAAAUCUCUCAUAUGGACUGGGGCCUAUUAUACCCGCGUCAUUGUACUUUGUCGGGCAAGAGCUUUCGGAGUCGGUUGUCAGAGAUCAAGAGUACAAUGAAUUAAUCAGGCUAAUGAACAUCUGUUGUCGUCUCCUGAAUGACAUUCAAGGAUAUGAGAGGGAGGGCAGCCAGGGAAAAGUGAAUAGUGUCUCACUACUUGUUCUUCACAGUGGUGGUUUCAUGUCCUCAGAAUCAGCUAAAAAGACGAUUGAGGAGUAUAUAGCUUCAUGUCGGAAAGACUUGCUGAGGUUGGUUCUAAAGGAAGACAGUGCUGUUCCUAGGCCAUGCAAGGAGGUGUUUUGGAAGAUGUGCAAGAUAAAUCACUUGUUCUACUCUCAGACUGAUGGAUAUAGCUCUCAAAAAGAAAUGGUUGGUGCAGUGAAUGCCGUUAUCUACGAGCCUCUCAAACUCCAAACUAGCGAUCCAUCUUUGACUGUUAAAUCAGAACACUAAGGGUUCCUAAAGGAUCACAAGCUUUCCUUGAUAGAUAAAUAAAUAUGAUCUGGUGCAGUAUAAAUGCCCUGUCUAACUAUGCCGCGGUGCAGAAGGAACUAAAAUUAGUUAGGUGGAGAUGUGAAGCCUCGAGAUGAAGGAAGAGUUGUCCCAUGUAUAGGUCCAGUUUCUUGUGUAACAGCUGUGCCCAGUCUCGGCGAUGUACUUGUUCAUAGUGAAUUUUGAUAUAUUAAUGGGGAAGACUGAAAGAUGUGGCAGUUGCAUGUUCUCUAUAA